AGGGGUUUCCAUGGCAUGGCCCCAGGCUUCUGCAGGCAGCCAGUGCUGCUGCAAUUAUUGAUCUCUACUGGAGAGCCAAGGAAUGACAUCACAGGGAAAUGGAGCUGCGUCUUGGGAUGGUUACCUCUAAGGUGGCUUCGUUCCGCGGCUCCCCCCGGCGGCCCUCCUGCCCGGCUCGGGAUGUGGCUCCUGGAAAAGCUCGGAACAUCGCGCGGACGCGGAGCCCUCCCGAGCGCCUCCUCCCUGGGGCCGCCGCCCGGCCAGGACCUGCCCGACAAAGGCCGCCUGGGGGCUGCUGCUUUUCCCAAUGUGCUCACCCCGGACAGAAUCCCCAAAUUCUGCAUCCCCCCGCGGCUGACCGGCUCUGCCUCCCACCAGGAGCGCAGUUCAGAGGACGUGAAUCUCAGUGUUCCCAGCUACUGCCCCAGCUCUUCUUCGCCACAUCUCAUUCAGGUGGAAAGUGCUGAAGAGAUCCCGGUGCUGGAGGAGGAGAGCACAAACUCGGACCCCCGGUCCCAAGCAGCGCUCUCCCUGCCUCACUUUCCCAGAGCCCCCACUUCCUACGGCUUCUGCACCUUGCUGGAGAGCCCCCACACCAGGAGAAAGGAGUCCAUCUUCCACGGUGACCCACGAGGUUCCCUGCCCAGCCUGAUGCUGUCUCGAUCCAGAGCCAACACGUUCGGUGGCAAAGGGCCAAUGUCCCGUCCCAUUGCUAUCAGCUUUGCUUCCGUGAGGCUGCCCCCCCAGCACCCCGCUCUGCGCAGGCAAGGUGCCUGCGACAGCGAUACCGCCUCCUCCAGCGACUCCUCUCCCUUCAGUUCUCCGCUUCUCAGCAGGUCACCUCCCAGACCCUGCUCCCUGGUCAAAGCACAAAGUCAGGAGGGAUUUCUCUACCGGGCGCUGAAGGCCAAGAGCAAAUCCAGCAUGGCCAGGAACAACUCCCUCUCCACGGAGGAGAGCAGCUCCACUGAUAACAGCCCCAGUGCCAUCAGGCGGGCCUCGGAGGGGCUGCUUGCCACACGCAGCUUUAGCAUGUCCUGUUCGCCCAUCUUCCCCUUGGACCUCAUCCGCAGCCGGGAGAGGCUGGUGGGAGAGAGCACUGUGGUAAUGGACAAGGGAGGCAAGCUGAGGCUAUCGGCCGAAUACUGCUCGGAGAACGAAAGGCUGCGCGUCCGCCUGAUCAGUGCAGAGGGUUUAUACGAUGACUCUGUAGAGCCCAAAAACAUAAACUGCUGUAUCACCUUCUCCCUGGUGCCAGGGAAAACACAGAAACAGAGAAGCACUGUUAUAAAGAGGAGCAGAAAUCCCAUCUUCAAUGAGGACUUCUUUUUUGAUGGCAUUGCAGAAGAAGAGCUCUACAGCCUUUCUGUAAGGAUGAAAGCAAUGAAUAAAGGGUGCAAUAUGAAACGGGACUACACCUUAGGAGAACGGGAUUUGUCUUUGAUGAGUAUGUUGUCAGUGUAAUACUUCAAACAUUCAAACAGACUAAUUUUGUCUGCUGGAAGUUUUCUACUAAAUAAAGUUUUGAGUAGUUUUUCAUAGUU